AUAAGAAAGCAGUAACUCACUUGGGUCACGUUGCUGCUCAAGUCUGCAAAGGAAAGAUACUCCGAAGUUGUUUCUAGGGUUUCCGAUGGAGAUGAGAUUGCACAAACACAAACUGAAUAGUACUUAGUCAAACAAAUUUCUAUAAUCCCAUUUCAUUUCCCUUGACAACAAUGCGAUUUUGUUGACUCAUUCGGAUUCUUCACGCUGCGUGCGUGCGGAUAGAUAAUAAGCGCAGCGGAACAGAACAAGUUUGAAUUUCUACUUUUCGAACUCAAUAACCGAAAAUAAAAAACCCAAUCAGAAGCGAUGGAGAGGUCUAGAUCUAAGAGGAACUACUACUAUGACCAAGACUAUGAUUCUGAGACCUUGGCAAGGACAAGACCGCGCUAUAACCACCACUACAGCACCGGCGGGAACCACCGCCACCGCGGCGGCGGCGCCGCCCGCCAUGCAAAGACCCAACAGGACUCGCCGUUGACGGUCACCACUAGCUACCGCAUUCUAUGCCACGACCUGAAGGCCGGUGGCGUCAUUGGCAAGUCCGGCAGCAUCAUAAAGUCCAUACGGCAGCACACCGGCGCGUGGAUCAACGUCCACGAGCUCAUGCCGGGGGACGAGGAGCGGAUCAUCGAGAUUUCCGACACGCGCCGCCGCGACCCGGAGGGGAGAAUGCCGUCCUUCUCGCCGGCGCAGGAGGCGCUGCUGCUGAUCCACGAGCGGAUUCUCGAGAGCGACGCUGCCUUCGGGGUGGCGGAGGAGGACGAGGAGUACGGCGGAAGGGGCGGCGGAAGGGACCGCAUCGCGACGAGGCUGGUGGUGUCGCGGAUGCAUGUGGGGUGUUUGUUGGGGAAAGGAGGGAAGAUUAUUGAACAAAUGAGGAUGGAAACGAAGACGCAAAUUAGGAUACUCCCUAGAGAUCACAACCUUCCUCGUUGUGUUUCCAUGUCUGAAGAAAUUGUUCAGGUUGUAGGCGAUGUAAAUGCUGUAAAGAAUGCUCUAGUAAUUAUUUCAUCACGGUUGAGGGAGAGUCAGCACCGUGACCGCAGUCAUUUCCAUGGACGUGUACAUUCACCAGAGCGUUUUUUCUCUCCUGACGAUGAUUAUGUUCCUCAUGUGACUAGUGGAUCUCGCAGAUCUUCUGUUGAUGGGGCCUCUUUUGGAUCACGAGGAUCUAACACAAAUAGUAGAAAUAAUAACCACCCCUCAUUGAAUUAUGCAAUGGAGCCUGGGGCUGCUCCUGUUGUUGAUGAUUCGCAGGGCUUUUAUGGGGAGGAACUUGUUUUCCGUAUACUCUGUCCAAUUGAGAAAGUUGAUCGUAUUAUUGGGGAAUCAGAAGGAAUUGUAGAGUUCCUUCAGAAUGAAGUUGGCGUAGAUGUUAAGGUCACUGAUCCUGUUGGUGGUUCAGAUGAACAGAUAAUUAUCAUUACUUCAGAGGAGGGUCCUGACGAUGAGCUGUUCCCAGCUCAGGAAGCUUUGUUACAUGUACAAACUCGCAUUGUUGAUCUUGUUCUAGAUAAGGACAAUACUAUAACCACCAGGCUUGUUGUCCCAUCUAGCGAAAUCGAAUGCUUAGAUGGAAAAGAUGUUUCUCUAUCGGAAAUAAGGAGGUUGACUGGUGCUAAUAUUCAAAUUUUGCCUAGAGACGAGCUACCUCUCUGUGUUGCAAAAACUGAUGAACUGGUACAGAUCGUAGGAGAGAUUAAAGCAGCCCGAGAUGCUGUUGUUGAGGUGACUUCAAGAUUAAGGAGUUACUUGUACAGGGAUUUCUUUCAAAGGGACACAGUACCACUACCAGCUCCCUUACCUGGUGCGGCGGCAUCUUCUUCCAAUAAUAUAGUUCCGGUUACUGAAACUCCCACAACCUAUCAAAAUCUGCAAACUGUUGCAGCAGCCCUUCCAUCAAAGGAAACUGGAGGAUCUAGCACUGAGACGGGAAAGCAGAAAGAAAGUGACCGCCGGGAUGAUUUGCUUAGUGGUUUAAAUAGGAUUGCUGUGCCUCUUGUUACGAGGAGUACACUUGAAGUUGUUUUACCAGAGUACGCAGUACCAAAGCUUGUAGCAAAAUCCAAAAGCAAGCUUGCCCAAAUAAGUGAGUUAUCAGGAGCCAAUGUAACCCUUGUAGAGGAUAGACCAGACGUGACACAGAAGAUUAUUCAGAUAUCUGGUACUCCAGAGCAGGCAGAGAGAGCCCAGAGCUUGCUCCAAGGAUUUAUUUUGAGCACACAAGAAGACGGCCCUUAAACUACCUGAAAUUCCGAAAGCUGGGUAGUGUCGUUGAUUUAGUGCCUGAGGCAUUUUGUUCCAUGCACUGAUUGGUUUUCCAUAUGUUUACAAGAUUGUUGUGGCCAAGGGUUGAAAUUUUCAAUGUGAGAGAAGCAUCUCACUGUAUAUGUUGUACAAGAGAGCUUCUUAGUUUUGUUAGUCUUUUUAGCUAGUGCAUGGGAGCAAUUGUUAGCUACCCCCUGGAUGUUGUUUUCCUUGUUUAUCUCAUCUAAUAUUAAUUUGAGUAAGUAAUACUCAAAGCCUGCAAAUAGGGAGGGAGCUUCCCCCUCUCAAUCCCGUGCUUUCCAUGGACCA